AUGUCAGCAAAAAUUGGUAAACCAGCACCUGAUUUCAAGACAACAGCUGUCGUUGAUGGAAGUUUUAAAGAAGUUUCACUUCAAGAUUAUAAAGGCAAAUAUAUAGUACUUUUCUUCUAUCCACUCGAUUUUACAUUCGUUUGUCCAACCGAAAUUAUUGCAUUUAGUGAUCGUAUUGAAGAAUUUCGUCAAAUCAAUUGUGAAGUAUUAGCUUGCUCAACAGAUUCUCAUUUUAGUCAUCUUGCUUGGGUUAAUACAAACCGAAAACAAGGUGGCCUUGGAAAAAUGAAUAUUCCAUUAUUGGCCGAUAAGACUAUGGAAAUUUCUUUGAAAUAUGGUGUAUUAAAAGAUGAUGAAGGUAUUACAUUUCGUGGUUUAUUUAUUAUCGAUACACAUGGAACUCUUCGUCAAAUAACAAUAAAUGAUUUACCAGUUGGUCGUUCAGUUGAUGAAACACUUCGAUUAGUUCAAGCUUUUCAAUUUACGGAUAAACAUGGCGAAGUAUGUCCGGCAAAUUGGAAACCAGGCAAGAAAACAAUUAAUCCUGAUGUAUUAAAGUCCAAAGAAUAUUUUGAACAUACAAAUUAA